CGGUUCGGUAUCGGAUCGGUAGUGAGGGUUGGUAAUGUCUCCUUAGUGUGUUUUGGUUUUUGGUAACCAUUAGCAACCAGUGAUGGAUGGCAUUUCUUUUUAUGUGAACUAAACUAACCGGUGUAGAUUUAUUAGGCCUCUACCGUAGAUAUUUUAACAAGAAGGGUCUUCCGUUUUGCAUUUUUUGUAAUACGUUAAUUUUACUAAGUGAAUGUUUGCUGAAUGUUCAAAGUUAUAUAAACAAACCUAGCCUAUUCAAUUAUAAAACAUGUUUAAAAACACUUUCCAAAGUGGUUUUUUGUCCAUUCUCUACAGUAUUGGAAGCAAGCCAUUGCAAAUAUGGGACAAAAAAGUACGCAAUGGACAUAUCAAGCGAAUCACUGACAAUGAUAUUCAAUCACUUGUUCUGGAAAUUGUUGGCACCAAUGUGAGCACAACAUUUAUCACAUGCCCGGCUGAUCCCAAGAAAACGUUGGGCAUCAAGUUACCAUUUUUGGUCAUGAUCAUCAAAAACCUGAAGAAGUAUUUCACGUUUGAAGUCCAGGUGUUGGAUGACAAAAAUGUCAGAAGAAGAUUCAGAGCCAGCAACUACCAAUCCACAACUCGAGUAAAGCCGUUCAUUUGUACAAUGCCUAUGAGACUCGAUGACGGAUGGAAUCAGAUCCAGUUCAAUCUGGCAGACUUUACUAGGAGAGCGUACGGAACUAACUACAUUGAAACACUCCGAGUGCAGAUUCAUGCCAACUGUAGGAUAAGAAGAGUGUAUUUCUCUGACCGGCUCUAUUCUGAGGACGAACUGCCUGCUGAAUUCAAACUGUUUUUACCAAUCCAAAAUAAAGUUAAGCAGUAGAACUCGUA